UCACGCCUAAACUCCUCAUAAUGAAUACCAGUACUGGUACUGAAGGAUCUACUGCUACUCCUCUUGGUGUUAAUGUAUCUAUUGCUUCUAGUGAAGGUUCCCUACCAGCUGAUACUAGUCCUUCACCUGCUACUGCAGUCACUGCAGACUCACUAACUACUACUGCUAGCAAAGAGGGGCCAAGCAGCAGUCCUCAAGAGGAUAUUAAGACUGAGCCAGAGUCCCCUCCUGUUAGUCAGUCAUUAGUUCCUUCAGAGACUGCUACUGGUCCACCUGGUCCUGUCCCUCCUGCUGCUGAUCCUCCUCCCUGUGUGUCCCCUCGGCUGGUCCAGUUCCCUCUAUCAUAUCUGACACACACCUCUCCUAAUGGACAGGCUGUGUUGACCUGUACACUACCAGCCCACCUCAUUCAACAUCUCUACUACAUACAGCCACAGUAUGCCUUAUCGCAGCAAGCCACGCCUAUCCUGACCACGCCCAAUGAUAAACACAUCAACGUACCAGCACCAAUACUUACCACACCCAAUGAUAUAAAGAAUGAAUCAGUAGAAGUGCCAGUCCUUGAUAAAGCCGUGGGAAGUGACACGCCUCCAGUGGUACCUAACACGCCCCCAGGAGUACCUAAUGAAGGGGCGGGGUCUGGAGGUGUGGCUACCAAUGGCAGUAUAUCAUUAUUGUCACUAGCUGCAGCAGCUGUCGCUGACAAUAACAAUAACAACAAUGAGAUCAAGAUUAGCUCAUCAUCCUGUCCCAGCAAAGUCAAGAAGAUGUAUCACUGUGACCACAAUGGCUGCAACAAGAUGUAUACCAAGAGCUCCCACCUCAAGGCCCACAGGAGAGUCCACACAGGAGAGAAGCCCUUCAAGUGCCCUUGGGAAGGCUGCCACUGGGCCUUCAGAAGAUCCGAUGAGCUGACAAGGCAUUACAGACGUCAUACUGGAGAGAAGCCAUUUCAAUGCCGGUUCUGUGAUAAAUCUUUUUCAAGAUCUGACCACUUAAAUCUGCACCUGCUCAAGCAUAAAGCAUCAAAUGGAAGCAAUGGGAUCAGCACACCAGGGAACACACUCCCUGUUGCUAAUGAUAAUGAUAAUGAGGAUAAGGAAGAUGAUGGAGAGAAUAUUAAUAAAGAAUAAUUAUAAUUAAUAUUAUGAGAGAUCAAGGAAAAUGAGUGUCUUUCUACUUUUGUAUUAUUAAUUAAUAUUAUUGAUAAAUUUUGUGUCUUUAUGUAUGUAUGAAUGUUGAUAAUAAAAUAAUCAUUUUCAUGUUGAGAUUGGAUGUG